UAGUACAACUGUACAUGAUUAAAUUAUUGCCUCGGAGCGUACGGGAUUGCAAGUGCGGAGUGCAAGUGCGAGCACAUGUGCUUCUAUGUAGAUAUCUCGGAAGCAAGUUCGGUGGUGAUUCUGUGUUGUGGACCUCUACUAUCUAUUGCUCUCGAUUUUGGACCCGACGACGAGAACCUGUCCGUACGACACGUAGGUGAUCCGUCAGUGAUCGUGAUCGCGAUCGCGUGCGAUCGUGGAGAAGGUGGAGAGAAGCAGAUCGGAUCAAGGAAAUUCGGACACGGCCGGAGAGCGGUCAAUCACCGAAGCUUUGCGCGGCUAUACCCAUCGGAUUAGUGGGAGUUUUGCGUGUUGACAAACAAGGAUCGAAGCCGGAAUCAAUCAAGCCAGAGUGCGCGUGGUGUGUAAUACGCGGCAAAAGAAUAUCAAUUUGCGAAAGUGUGGCGCGUGGGUGAAAAUGUGUUCGCUGUCGCCGCGGCCGUGACAGCCAGCGGAAUCUAGUUCUGGCCGAGAACCGGAGCAGCCAACAACUACUGCGUUUGCGGUGCGCGUUCGCCGAGUGUGAUCCACGCUCUAGAAUAUACGGUACGAAAGUGUCAACGUAACGUCAGUGCGCGCGAGGUGACAAGUUUCAGCGUCGGGAAGAUUCUAGAAGUGAACGCGCAGUCGCGAGUGAAAUCGGAGAAAACUACGAAGAAAUUUUUCAAAAAGAAGUCUAUCAAAAAUUUCCCAAGAAGAAAUCUUACGAAAAACAAGUGCCAAUUCGUUUCAGUGCAGUUUUGCGAACGCAAAACAUCAACGAAAGUGAAGUGACGAACCUUUCCCAAAUCGCAAGGGACAUCUCUCGCCUGGAUUACGUAUUAGUGCAGCUAGCAGUUACCGAAACUGAAGUUCGGCGACCUAAUCCGAGUGUUGAGAGAGAGAGAAAGAGCGUUAAACAACCAAAGGGAGGAGCCGGAAGGACACUGCAGAACGAACGAUUACCACACAUGGUUCCAUUCUGAUCACCACGACGAGAGUCCAAGCCCAAACACAAUACAAACCUACCUGCUGGAGAGACAUAGGGGACGCACCUUUUCGGAGCAGUUCGUUAGCCCCACAGGCUCGUGGACAUAUAUUUAUUCGCUGUUAUUAGCAAGCAGUCAUGAGCGAUCUAGCGCAGCGACCCACAACCAUCGCCAUCGCCACCUCGGCCACACCUGGAACCCAACGAAGGGCCAAACGGGGCGCUUCGACCACCAUAGAUGGCCAUGCGACGGCUAUGGCGGCGUCGCCCAUCUCCGCUGGGGGUUCGUCGCCGAGGACCAUCGUGGCCGAAGCCAAGUUUGAAGGACUCUCACUGGAGGGCGUCAACCAGAAUUUGGUGGACAUCAAGUCGGACGAUAACGAGGUGGAAGCCAUCAGCCGGGAAGAGGAGAUCAUCAAGAAGCGCAAAACCGAACUGAUCACCACCCGGCAGAUCGAGACGCGCGUCCAGCGGCAGCUCAAGUUCGAGGAUGGCAAAGUUAUCGAGGACUCCGGCCCGAUCGUGUCCACCAACACCACCGAGGACACCGACCGGCAGGAAACGGUGCAAACUGAGCAUCGUACUCUGGGCGACCCAACGACGGAAGAAGAAGUUACCAAAAAUGCGGCCGUCGUCGAUUCCGACGGGAAGCCGGUUCCCAUCGGUGUCGACGCAAGCGACGGCGGCGGUUCGCAAAACCUAGUCAGUGAUACGAAAGGCGGGGGAGGGUUGGCCGGCGAUAGUACCAGCAUCAGCAGCAGCAGCAACAAACCAAAGACAAUCAGUGCCAUCGUGGCCCGGCCCGAUGGACUGCUGAAGAACAUCAAGGAAGAGGUGGAGGUCUCCCGGGAGGAGACCAAGGAGCGCACGGUGCACGAAGAGCGGAAGCACUUUGGAGAUUUCACCGAUGAUGCCUACCUGCGUGCCAUCAACAGCGGCGUGGACGACAUUCGCGAGCUGCUCCUAUCGGAGGAGGCCCGCCUCGAGCUAGUCAGCCCGUCGUCCGCCGGCCCGCAGCUCGUCAGCACCAGCACCAAAUCGCGCAAGGUCAUCGACAGCGAGGACACCGACGUGCAGCUGCUGGCCCGCCCGGACGGAACCCUGGUGACGGAGAAAACGCAAACCCGCCAGCACGAGGUGCUCUUCGACGACGACCUGCCCGGGGACGAACGGCUCAGCACCGGGCUCGACCAGGUGGACAGUGCCGAGCGGAUCAUCGAUCAGAAGGCAUCGUCCCAGCGCUACUUCAAGCAACGCGAUGAGCAGCACGUCGAUCUGAUAGGUGCCAACGGACAAGUGCUCGGUAACGAGAUGCGCUACGCAGCGGAAACCACCCAGAUGGAGAAGGACGGCGGCACCCGGCCGCCGGCCGAGAAUCUGCUGUCCGAGUGGGACAGCCUUUCGGAUCGGUUGCGGAAGGCCCGCCGGUUGGGUCGGCAUUCCACUCCGAAGGACGGGGGGCCGGCCAUUACUGCCACCGCCGGGGGCCUACCGCCGUUGGUCGACCGGACCGAUGCCCUCACCAAGAAACCGCUGGACUUCGAUCGGGAGGAUGAAACCCGGAAGAACGAAACGAACAAGUGGCUGGAGAGUCAUUUCGGUAGUGAGUCGCGAUCGUCGCGGGGAUCUCGGGAUGAUUUGGAUGACAUUGUGGAACCCACGAAGAAGACCUAUUUCAAUGUGACGAUCAAGAGUGGGGACGGGCCGGAUGAACGCGGAAGCAGUGGCAAUCUGUACAGGGGUCAUCAGAUGAGUGGUGGUGCACCGGUGAAGGUGAUGUCGCCGGAGCGGGACGAGGGUGUUGGGAAGAAAUAUUUUCAGGGGGUGAGUGAGUGGAACGAGAGAAAUCGGUACGGCCGAGGGUCGAGGGAGAAUUUGGUGGAUGGAGAUGAGUACGGCUAUCGGAAAGGAAAGGAUUACCGGGUGGACGAGGGGAAGAAUUCCUACAAGGAGGACUCGGCGUACGUUUCGUCUUCGACGUAUUUCACGACACCACGGUCACCGAAGCCCAUGAAGGAUAGUAAUUUCAAUGCCAGGUACGCCCGGGACGCCCGUUCAGUUUCGCCGGACCGAAUCGAGUACGUCACGGAGGAACGUCCAACCGUGCCGCAGCGAAAGAAAGCACUGGAACGGAAGCUGACCAACGGUAGCGGCAUGCUGGCGAAGCGCCCGCCACCCGAACCGCAAGUCAUCGAGUACGCACCCCGCAGCCGGUCAAUUUCCCCCAUCCAGAUUCCGCCGGCUGCUACGACCUUGAGGAAGCCCUACCAGAAAACCCGUUUCAGCAGCAUUCAAGAUCUAAGUCAUCAUCACCAGCACGCUUCCCGGGGGUCGUCGGGGGUCGUCAACACGCGGGCCCAGAGUACCCCACCAAAGAGCAAAGUCGGUUCGGCCAUCGGCAACAGCAUUCGGAAGCUAGUCGGCAAGAUCCGAUCGGCCAGCGCCGAGCGCAAACUGCGACUCAAAUCGUCGAUCAAGCACCGAUCGCCCUCGCCGUCGUCCUCCUCGGCCCAAAAACGGAACAGCUCGUCCAGUGCGACCUAUCAGCAGUACAACGUCAUCGAUAGUCACAUCGGCGGCGGCAACGGCGGUGGACGAGGAUACUCACCACCACCUCCACCCCAACAAGGGGCAGUUCAAAACCAGUCCCAGCAACAACAGCAACAGCAGCAGCAUCCGCGAGUCGCCACCGCACCGAACGGUGUCAGUCACAAAUCGAACGGCAACCUUUCCAGACGUGAUCGUGAUCGUGAUCGCGACCGCGCAGAUCCGCAGAUCAACACUACCAGCAUCGGCAAUCUCGGUUACGGCGGACGGCGCGGUUCCUCCGAUAUCGUAUCGGACAUGACAACGAACAGUGGUGGCGUCCCGACGCCGAAGCAGAAGUACUACCUCGGCGAGAAUCCCUACGGGGGCAGCAUCUUUGGCAAGGAGAACAAAUACGCGGACGGGUCGCGGCAGGUGCGGGGACAAGCGGUACCGUCGCAGCAGCACUCGCAACAGCAGCAGCAACGCAGUGAAGAACGGAUCGUGACGUCGUCCCACACGAGAAGCUACAGCCAGCCACCACCUCCAACGGCUACGACCCUGGGUCGCUUCAGCAAGAGCACGAAUCGGCUCCCAUCUUCCAACGGCCACCACGACCAUCACACGGGCUCCUCCUCCUACAUGCAGCAAUCGUCCAACCACUACCAGACCAGCUCUCAAACCCUGCCCCGGAAGCUCUACGAGCAGAAGCACAAAGCCAAACCCCUCCAUUCGUCCACCAUCAACGUUUCCAUCGUGAACACCGUCAGUCCCUCACCCCAGUCACCUCCGGCCAACACCGGUCCAGUCAAACCCGCCCGAACCUACAAGGCACUUAACCGGAGCAAAUCCUUCAACGUCCACGGUCUCAACGGAACCAACGAUCCUAGUCCAAUCUAUCUGGAGAAGAUCACCAAAAACAACUACAACUCCUUCUAUCGGUCCAACUCCCAUCUGGAUGACCUGCAACGCACCCCCUCCCGUCAUCAGAACGAAGCCAUGCAGCUGAAGAGCCCCUCCAUCGUCAAUCUGAUCAGCAGAAGCACCCGGGAUCUGACCCAGAGUCCGCUUUAUGAAGACGAACGAGUUCAAUCACGAACCGAGUACUACAACGAAUACUCCACCAACAAGAAGAACGUCUUCCUAAAAAACCUCCAGAACCGAGCCCCGGAACUGUACCGCACCCUGCACGGAACCACCAACGGUCACGACGCCCAGCACGCCAACGGUCACGCCGGAAGUCCCUCGCGGGAGUACCUCAACACGUACAUCAGCCGGGAGCAGGAAUCGUCACUUGGAUCACGAUCACCCAUCACCAUCAACAAGGACACGGCCGGCAUCGUACGUCGUGGCAGCUCCAGCACCGACGACCACAACGAAAGCUACCGCAUAACGCAGAAAUCGGAUGACCCCAACCGGCCCGGAGUUACGAACACCAUCCGGAAUUUCAGCAAGAAAACCGUUCCCACCAAGGAUGGCCGCGGUAUGCAGACGAUCGAGACGAGCGAAGUGCGCACGACCAGCAGCAGCCGCUACCGAUCGGAACCGCCACCGGCAGCGCUCAAGUAUCAGGAAUUCAGGAACGGCCAUAGCAACGGAACGAGCGGUGGCGGCGGUGGUGGAGUUGUGAUUGAACUGCGAGGUAACUCAUAAGGUUUGCAUAUGGGGAAUGGGGAUGAACCAUUGAAGGGAACUCAUUUUGGCACUCAUCGCGGCGGAGCAGUCGGUUCGAGCUGUAUCGUUGGCAGCCAUUUUGGUAAUUUCUUGGGUUCAUCACAUGGAUUUUUUUAUUUUUUUUUCUAAACGUUAAAAAAAGACGAAUCACACAAUACACGUAAAUGAAGAUUUUCCAUUUGUGCCAGAAUUUACGUAUCUGUUCUAAUAACUUUUUAUCGUUAAAACGCAUGACUAAAAGCCUAAUCUCUCACAGUCUCGUGUCGGGAGUGGAGGAGUUUAUAAGACGUAGUAGUAUCAUUCAUUUGCAAGUAUUUGUCAUGCUGAAAUUUUAUCUCACCUAUCAGAGAACCUCUGCGUUAAGAGCAAUAGAAGAACUGACUAACCGCUGGAGUAAUCUUCCAACACCACCACAGCCACAACAGCGUUAAACACACACAUACCACCACCUGUUUUAACCAAGCGUAUGUUUAGGUAUUUAAUACAAACAUCAUGAUCUGGCCCUCUGGUGGCAGUGUAAUCAAUAUGAUAUAAAAAGUUAUUGUGAAAUAAAGUAACACGUGUGCGCGAAA